UUUUAUUUAUUUUCAUUUUUUCAAUCUCUCCUCCCCAAAGCCCUCCUUUCCUCUCCUUGUCUGCAACUUUUCUUUCCCUUGUUCGCGCCGCGCCUCCUUUGAUCUCUCGGCAAUGUCGACGGAAAAGGAGCGAGAGACCCAUGUUUACAUGGCGAAGCUCGCCGAGCAGGCUGAGCGAUAUGAUGAAAUGGUGGAAUGUAUGAAGAAAGUUGCAAAACUUGAUCUUGAACUAACUGUUGAGGAAAGGAACCUCCUUUCCGUAGGUUACAAGAAUGUUAUUGGUGCUCGCCGUGCUUCAUGGCGCAUUAUGUCUUCCAUUGAGCAGAAGGAAGAGUCAAAGGGAAAUGAGCAGAAUGUGAAAAUGAUCAAGGCUUACCGACAGAAAGUAGAGGAGGAGCUUUCCAAAAUCUGCAAUGACAUCUUGACCAUCAUAGAUGAACACCUGAUCCCUUCUUCCGGUUCCGGAGAGUCAACAGUUUUUUAUUACAAGAUGAAGGGUGACUACUACCGCUAUCUUGCUGAGUUUAAGACAGAUCAAGAAAGGAAAGACGCUUCUGACCAGUCAUUGAAAGGCUACCAGGCUGCUUCAAACACAGCAAAUUCAGACCUUCCUCCAACCCAUCCUAUCCGUCUGGGCCUUGCCCUCAACUUCUCUGUCUUCUACUAUGAAAUACUGAAUUCCCCUGAAAGGGCCUGCCACUUGGCUAAACAAGCUUUUGACGAGGCAAUUGCAGAGCUUGACACCUUGAGUGAGGAAUCAUACAAGGACAGCACCCUCAUCAUGCAAUUGUUGAGGGAUAACCUCACCCUUUGGACCUCUGAUUUACCUGAAGAAGGAGGCGAAGAUGGGGGUAAGAGUGAGGAAACCAAACCUGCUGAAGCUGAGCACUGAUUAAGUCCUGAAAGGCUCUGCAUGGCGCAAUUCAAUAAUCAGUAGGGUACUCAGUUCUCAAAGUUUUGAAGGUAUUAUGCAAGCAGUGGUUUUCAACUUUUAAACUAGUGGGGUGGAAGAGACUUGUUACAAAAGCCAGUACUAAUUUUUUAAGGUUUCUUUAUGAUUUGCACCUCUGGCCUGAUUUGAACUUUUCUUUCUCCCCAUGGUCAUUGCCCCUUUGGUUUUAAAGAGAAAAGCAGCUUCUUUGUUGCUGAGAGUUGUAGACUUGUGGUGGUGCGGGUUCGUCGUUUUUUGUUUUUUUUUUUUUUUUUUUUUGGUUUAUUUGUCUCUAGUUUCUUGAUUCUCUUUCUCCAAUGUCUAAAUUGUACGUUUUCAUUUUUCAUAGAAAUUAAUCUCUCUCUCCUA